GUAGCCGUGGUGAUGGUCCCCUACUGUAAACAUUCCAGCUUCCCUUGGUGGAUUCAGAAUGAGAAUAGUAAUAUCCCCUAGUUCCCAUCCUGACUCCCUCAGGCCAGAGUUCAGUGUCUCUCUCUCUCUCUCUCUCUCUCUCUCUCUCGUACACAGAACUGCGACGUUUCCUUUUUCAACUCUUACUCCUUCCACUACCAUUUAGGAUUGCUACUUCAAGAGUUCAAUGGCUAUGGCUAAUAGUAGUAGUGGUAGUAGUAACAGAGACGACCCUCUCUCCCUUCUGAAUUCUACUGCUGCUACUACUAUUACUUCAUCUUCCCCAAUCCCAGCAUCAUCAGAUGGUGAUGGAUUCCUUGGUGACCAUAAUUCGCAGAUUGGGAGCGCUUCGGGGAGUUUCCAGAACGAUGGGUUGUUGACUAGUGACGCAGGAAGCGGAAGCAACAGCGAUGUCGAGUUCGGAUUCCUACGCGCCGACUUUCGUCAGAGUUCUCUUGUCGGAACCGUGCAGAUCUACGACCGUCAUGUUUUCCUCUGCUACAAGAAUCCUCUUGUCUGGCCUCCCCACGUUGAAGCCGCUGAGUUCGAUCGCUUGCCCAGGCUCCUCUCCGCCACUCUCAUGGCCAGGAAAGCCGACAUGACAAAAAAGACUCGCUUAACAAUAUGUGAAGGACGUGAUGGUACCGAGACUUCGAAUGGGGAUGUAUUGAUCUUUCCAGAUAUGAUCCGUUACCGGCGCUUGACACAUUUUGAUGUUGAUACAUUUGUUGAAGAAGUACUUGUGAAGGAUAAUGAAUGGCUUCCUGGCACACCUGAAACACUGAGAGGUUCAUACAUUUUUGUUUGUUCUCAUGGGAGCCGGGAUCGCCGAUGUGGUGUUUGUGGACCUGCUCUAAUUGCAAGGUUCAAAGAAGAGAUCGAUGCACGAAGUCUUCAAGGUCAAGUUUCUGUUAGCCCCUGCUCACAUAUUGGGGGCCAUAAAUAUGCAGGAAAUGUAAUCAUAUUUGGUAGAAAUAUUGAUGAAGUGACAGGUCACUGGUAUGGCUAUGUCACUCCAGAGGAUGUACCUAUUUUGCUAGACCAGCAUAUUGGGAAGGGAGAGAUUCUAGAUCAACUUUGGAGGGGUCAGAUGGGUUUAUCAGAAGAGGAGCAGAAGAAAGCACAAGAACGAAGGCUCCAAUUAAAUGGCGAGACCAACACGGAGAAAAGCGAAAAAGACCCUAUACAAGCCAAUGGAAGUGAUCUUGCCGGCAAUGGAACUCACUCAGAAGUAUUGGGCUGUUGCCAGGAUAACAAGAAUUCUUCUUGUUGCAAGAAUACAACUGUACCACUGAAGUCUAAAAAGGUUGAAAGUGAGGCAAAAGUGGCAGUUGAAGGGAAGAGCAGUAGCAAACCAAGUUCAAGGAUUAGCAACAAAGGAGCUUGCACACGCAAGGCAUGUGUAAUGCCUACAUGGUUUGAAAGCUUGGAACGUGAAGAUAUACAUGCGGCCCUUGCUGUCGUGGGAGCUGCUGUAUCUGUGGCCAUUGCGUAUAAGUGCUAUAAACAAUUGAGAUGAUUAGCCCAAGAUGGAUCUGGUUUUUGUUUAAUCUCUAUCAUGCUUAAAAGCCUAUACUUUUAUCCUUCUAGAAUUUGUGUAUAUUGAUGAUCUUAAAAGGGAGAAGUCAGUGGACAAACAAGCCCAGAAAUUAUAUUUCAAAGAAGGCCCAACUUCAAACA